GAAGACAAUGAGCCCUCAGAGGUUACAUCGUCCAUUCCUACCGAGCCACCAGUAUCGAACGAGAUGCUCAUCUCCAGUCCAGAUCCUCAGACCAUCGAGCUCGAAGGACUCGACCCUUUCCUCGUCGAUGACCCUGACAACCCAGUGUCUGACUCGGAGCCUCCCACCGCUCGCCCUCCUCCCCAGCAACCAGCACCUUCCGCCGAGUCUCACUCGAUUCCAUCUGCUGAGGAGAUCCCUCUCACCGUUCAGGCACCCUCGGUGUCGGACGCAGCCUCUCCCCGACUUAAUCUUAACAAGCCGGUCCCCAUCCCUCCCCCUUCGCCAUCCGACACGGAAUCAUCCGAGUCAGACGCACCUGUGAUCUAUCUUCCACAGCUGGUUCUGCCGACGAUGUUCCUCCCCAUUCCGAAUACGGACCCGUUGACUACGCUCUUGGUGAAAUACAUUCCGAACCCUGAAAUGCGGCCCAAGAGAGACCUGACCGGCGAGUGGGCCAAGACAGACUUCAACACGCUUGUCAUGACGAACAGCUGGAGAGCACUUGCUCGACAGGCUCGGGAUCGCCUUGUGCAGACCGACCCGGAGGAUCUGAAUCUAGUACUCAGCCUGUGGUACCUCCGAGUCUCUUCGCUUGCCCGUCUACGGCUCUUCAACCAGACCUCGGCCGAGAUCACCAACCUGUUCACCGGCCUCGCUGCUGCACCCCCCGCCGCACGGACGCACGUCUUCGAGAACAUCUUGCCGUUUGAGCUCGAGGUCCUCCGCGCUCGCGUCAAAUACUGGUCAGGCGACCCAUUGGGGUACCUCGACGCCCUCGGGGCGUUGCUGCGCAAGUGCAAGCGCAAGGCGCGUGCGGCGCGUGGAGAGCGCGGGGCUGGCGACCGGCAGAUGUGGAUGGAGCGAGGCGCGCGCGUGAGCCUCAUCGUCGCGUCGCAGUUCAUCGAGAUGAAGGACUUUGCGGCCGCGACGAAGCUGCUGCAGCCGCUGCUGGACCAGCCGGUGCAGACGCAAGAGGUCCGGUCCGCCAUCGCGCGCAUAUAUCUCCAGGCAGGCCAUGUUUCUGCGGCCGAGCGGCAUUUCGCGGUCAUCGAGGCAGAUCCCGACGUCCCGCAGACGACGAAGGACAUGAACAGCGCGAUCCUCACCGCGGCCCGGGGGGAUUGGGCGAGCGCCAGCGCUCUGCUGGGGGGUCUGGUCGGCGAUGACGCGGAGAACUUCGCUGCCGUGAACAACUUGGCCGUCGCGCUGCUCAACCAAGGAAAGCUGAAGGAGGGCAUCGAAGUCCUCGAAACUGCGCUCCAGGCCUCGCCGUCAACACUCGCCAUGGCAGAACCCUUCCUGUUCAAUCUUUCGACGCUCUACGAGCUUCGUUCUGCUAUUGCGGCAGACAAGAAACGCGAUCUACUCAUCGAGGUGGCAAAAUGGGGUGGGGACGGGUUGAGGACCACGUGUCUCAAGAUGCCGUCU